ACAAAAUGGUUUCUAACACUAAAAUUAUCUUUGCCAAAAUCCCUACUACUUUCCCCGUUGCUGGUGAACACAUGAUUGUCGAAAAAUCUGAGAUCGAUCUCGAUGCUGAACUUCCUCAAGGUGCUAUUCUCCUCAAGACUUUAGUCUUGUCUGUCGAUCCUUACAUGCGUGGACGUAUGAGAGAUGUCAGUAUUCAAUCCUACUCUCCCGCUUUCCCUCUCAACCAACCCAUGUCCGGUCACGUCGUCACCCAAGUUCUCAAGUCCAACAACCCCAAGUUUGCUCAAGGCGAUCUUGUUUACGGUCUUGGUUCCUUUGCCGAAUACGUGCUUGUACCCGAGGCUUACACCCCCUACUUUGAAGUACGUAACGAAAUCAAGACAUCAGGUCUUCCUAUCAGUAACUACGUUGGUGUCCUCGGUAUGCCCGGUAUGACCGCCUAUGUUGGCUUAAUCAAGUUUGGUAAACCUGUCAAGGGCGAGACCUUGUAUGUGUCUGCUGCCUCUGGUGCAGUUGGUCAAUUAGUGGGACAAAUUGGUGCUAGACUUGGUUUGAGAGUGGUUGGUUCUGCUGGUUCAGAUGAAAAGGUGGCCUACUUGAAGGAACUUGGUUUCGAUGCUGCAUUUAACUACAAGACCACAGAUUACGAGGAAGCCCUUAGCGUUCAUUGUCCCAACGGUAUUGAUAUCUACUUUGAGAAUGUAGGUGGAAAGAUGUUGGAGGCUGUAAUUAACCAUGCCAACCGUUUUGCACGUAUCGUGUGCUGUGGUAUGAUCUCUCAAUACAACACGCAAAACCCUGAACCUAUUCAUAACUUGCUGCAAGUUGUGGCCAAGUCGCUCGAGAUCCGUGGCUUUAUUGUGGGUGAUAGCCCUGAAAUGACAGAACCCUUCAGAAAGGAUGUGACCGAAUGGUUGAAGGCUGGUGAGAUUAAGUAUCGUGAAGAUAUUGCUGAGGGUAUCGAAAGUACCCCCGAAGCCUUAAUUGGUGUCUUGCGCGGUAAAAACUUUGGUAAACAAGUUGUUCAUGUUGCUGAUUUGUAAAUACAAUAUAACAUAUAAAAAAAGAUUUCUUUUCCCAUCCCCCACAUUUAUUCCU